CCGUUGCAAUUUCCCUCCACACAUUUUCGCAUUGCCUUAUCUUUCUUUCCCUCCAAAUCGAGCCACAGUCUUCCAACACUCAUCAAAUUCCUGUUUGUUUUCUCUUCUUCUUCUCCCUUUGGCCAUGGCGACCAAAUUGACGUUGUCGUUAGCGUCCUUGAGUUCGCUUACUGUUCCGAUUCAGAAUCAGAAACCGGCAGCUUCUCUAUUUUCGUCUUCUGCAAGGUCCCAAUUGAUUAGGGUUUCUAGCCGGCGUGUGCUUCUUCGACGGCGGGUGCGUCUUCCACCUCCCCGGGCAACUACUGAUCAACCAGGUCAGGUUGGGGAAGAUGAUGUUGUCGAUAGUAAUGUCCUUCAAUAUUGUAGUAUAGACAAAAAGGAGAAGAAGUCCAUUGGAGAACUUGAGCAAGAAUUUCUCCAAGCUUUACAGGCAUUCUAUUAUGAGGGUAAAGCAAUUAUGUCAAACGAGGAAUUUGAUAAUCUCAAGGAAGAAUUAAUGUGGGAAGGCAGCAGUGUUGUAAUGCUAAGUUCUGAUGAACAAAAGUUUUUGGAGGCCUCAAUGGCAUAUGUAUCUGGAAAUCCAAUUUUGACGGAUAAAGAAUUUGACGAAUUGAAGAUGAGACUUAAGAUGGAAGGGAGUGAAAUUGUGGCUGAGGGCCCCCGUUGCAGUCUCCGAAGUCGAAAGGUUUAUAGUGAUCUCUCUGUGGACUACUUUAGGAUGUUCCUCUUGAAUGUUCCAGCCACUGUAGUUGCACUGGGACUGUUCUUCUUCCUGGAUGAUAUCACUGGAUUUGAAAUUACAUACUUGUUGGAGCUCCCAGAGCCAUUCAGUUUCAUCUUCACUUGGUUUGCUGCUGUGCCAUUCCUAGUUUGGUUAGCUCUUACCCUUACAAAUGCAGUUGUUAGAGACUCUUUGAUCUUGAAGGGCCCUUGUCCAAACUGUGGAACUGAGAAUGUCUCCUUCUUUGGCACCAUAUUGUCAGUUUCAAGCGGUGGCAAAACAAACAAUCUCAAGUGCUCAAACUGUUCAACUGAGCUGGUGUAUGACUCGAAAACCCGCCUGAUCACAUUACCAGAAGGAAGCAACGCAUAAGUUAGAGGAUUUGUAAGCUGUAAUUCCAGGAGAAACAAGACCAAAGGGAUCAUCAUAUGGAAGCUACAAGAAUUCUCCAUGGUUGAAUAUGAAGGAUAUUAUGAUGCUUAAAACCCUGCCUUGUAGAGAGAAAUUUUUAGCAGUUGUGCAACAUUGUAUCUUGAUGUACAAAUUUGUGAAUACUCAUCAUGUACACACUAUACCUAGAGAAGGGUGUGAUGAAGUUUCACCAAUAAAAUAUAAUUAAUGUAUGUAAAAUCAGAA